AUGGUGGGGAGGAAGACUUCGGCUUUUCUAGCAGUUGCCAUUAUGUCUGGGACCAUGCUCGUGUGCCAAGGGGUGCGGAGGUGGAAAAGAAACAGGAGGGAGAAAAGCAUCCGGGAGCACAUAGAAAGAGGGCUGCUGCUGCUGAAGGAGAAGAUGUACAGUGAAGCAGCCCUUUCGUACCUGAGAUGCCUAAGCCUUGUGGACGAGGAAGACGAGAGACUCGUCAAUGUCUACAACAACUUGGCGAUAUGUCUUGCAAAGAUCAAGGCCUACAAGGAGGCAGCCCUGUAUGCUGGUAAGUCGCUUAGGAUCAACAUACUUGAAAAUGGAAGGGCACUGAGGCUGAGAUAUGAAUGCCACAAGGCACUGGAGAUGAGGAGGGAAAUGCUCUGUGAUGCCUUUCUGUGCGGGCUCGUGACCAAGGAUGAGAAAUAUAGAAAACUUGCACAGGAGAUUCUAAAGCUGGAGGCCGAGGGCGAGGCCAGGAAGAUGGAAGGGGUACAGGAGGCAGCGCCAUCCCGAAUCUCGUACGAGAACUUCUUCGGGACGUUUCCCGACCUAUUUGGAAACGAAUCCUUUGUGAGUGACGAGCUGGUUAGGUUGAUCCGGGGUGGGAAGUAUGACGAGGCCUUUGAGAAGGCAGAGAAGAGAGAUGACAGUAUAUCCAAGUUUGUGGUUGCAGGGAUAGUCCAUGUGAGAGGAAAAGACAUGGCCUCUAUUUCAUUGCUGGAGCACGAAAAGAUGAUUUUUUCGAUCUGCCUAAGGGAGUAUCUCAAGACCCUGCAUGGACAUGAUCCUAUGGAUAUAGAGGACUUUGUGUCGAAGAACAGCAGCAGCGUGUCUGUCUUGUUCUAUGCGUCGAAGAUCCACCUCGGCCUCAAGAACCACGAGAUGUACGAGAAGCUUAUUGACAGGGCCCUGGAGCGCGAGGAGCACGACUUUCUGUAUGUGGAUAGGAUAAUCUACGAGGUGGGGCAUGGAAGGAGUGAGAAGGCGCAGGAGCUCCUGCAUAAGGCGCUUGAAAGCUAUCCACUGAGCAUUCAUGUCCUGUCGAUUGCAUGCGAGUACUAUCUCAGGAACAAAGACAUGCAAAGACUAGAGGAGGUCAUGGGAACCUUUGAGAAGUACCACCACGGAGACCCCAGGUUCUUUCUGUUCAAAGGGAUAGUUGCACAGAUGAGAAACGAGCCCGAGGAGGCAGAAAAGCACUUCAGGCUCUCCAUUGAGGCAGAUGGAAGAUUCUUCAAGCCGUAUGUGUACCUGGGAGGGAUUCUUCUUGAAAGGAAUGACAAGGAUAGCAAGCAGGUCUACGAGGAGGCCCUGAAGUGUGCAGUAACCUAUGACGAGCUGUUUCUUGUUGAGCAGGCUCUUAUUCUCAUUGAUGUACAGGAGAAGAUAAUAAGGGUGUAUCCUGAUGUUCUUAAGACGUUUUGA